AUGGCAAGACCUGUGUCACCCCCGCCCACAAAGAUUCGCAAAGAGUCCUCGCUCCCGGUCAAAAAGCAGCCCGUGAAAGUCGAGUCACUGACGCCUCGGAACGUGGCCAGCGCCCCAGCGCUCCUGAAAACGAGGUUGACAGUGCUGCAGAAGUUGCACCAGGAGAUGCAGACCCAGAACAGCAAGCUUGCGAAUUCAGACAGCAAAUCCAAGUCGCUCGUGCUAGAUGAACAGGAAUUGAUCAAGUUCGCCCUCGACGAAGAGGAAGAAGCUGCCAAAUUGAGUGGCGAGAUCUACAAGAAUACCAUGGCUCAAAAUAUUCUACGAACCAGAAAGAUGACCGUGGAGGAAUGGGUCAAAAGAGUCUCCCAGUGGACUGGAGCAUCAGCUACGGCGAAACCCGAUACCAAGCAACCUGGUAAGGGCGAUGAGCUUCUUGGUGUUGGCUUGUCAUCUCUUCAGGAACAGGUCGCGGUUCUCAAGCACCUCCGGACGCCUCUGGAAGGCCUCGAGCAAUACGGUUAUGUGACCAGGCAACCAUCCGACUCAGAACUUGCCUCUGCGAAAGCGGGAUUGGUAGCAGGCAGGGGUUUCGAAAGCUGCGAUCGAUGUGGUACGAGGUUUCAAGUCUUUCCAGGUCGAGAUGAGAUGGGUCGCUUGACAAGCCAGGGACGUUGUCGUUACCACUGGGCUCGACCAAAUCGCACGAUUCCUCUGAAAAGAGAUAGAAUUCAAGGCCAAUCAGAAGCAACCUACCCCUGCUGCAAUAAGCCACAAGGCAGUGAAGGUUGUUCAGAAGCCGACUCACAUGUAUUCGUCGUCAAAGACCCCAAGCGUCUCGCAACAAUCCUGCAAUUUGAAGAGACUCCCGAAAAGUCCGGCGUUCGGCUCAGACAACCUGUUUCCUUCGAUUGCGAAAUGGGCUACACAACAUAUGGCAUGGAGGUUAUUCGAGUGACUGCCGUGUCAUGGCCUGACGGGAGACUACUGCUUGAUGUCCUGGUGCGACCUUACGGGGAAAUCCUCGAUCUGAAUACCAGGUUCUCUGGGGUGACGAAAGAAGCCUAUGCAUCCGCGCUGCCGUAUGAGGCCGCACUGUCUGACCAAGCCCAAGAAGCGCAUCUCGACAACCGCCAGCUACGUAAAGUGGACUCGACGGCUGCAGCCAGGCAACUGCUGUUCGAUCAUAUCAGCCGAGAGACUCCCCUAAUUGGCCAUGCAAUCGAGAACGAUCUGAAUGUGGUGAGGAUCAUACACCCCUGCGUCGUCGACACAGUCCUGUUGUACCCUCAUCCGCGAGGAUUGCCGAUCAGGUACGGGCUGAAGAUGCUCAGUCAAAAGUACCUGUCUCGAGGCAUUCAAACAGCGGGCGAUGCUGGGCAUGAUUCCAAAGAGGAUGCCAUCGCCACGGGAGACUUGGUCACUAAGAAGGUGGCAGAGAAAUGGAAGCUGAUGAGAUCUGAAGGGUGGGCGUUUAUUGACGGAAUACUCACGGCACCGGACGAGGCGAAGGCGGUGGAAGUUUAG